AUCAACAUCCAUUGUUGGCUCUGUAACUGUAUUUAUUUUAUUUUUUUUUUAUUAUAAAUAACUAUGUGCUGCAAUAUUAACGAGGCGGAGGUGAAGGUGGACGUGGAGCGUUUAGAUCCGGAGGCCGAAUAUUUGUGUGGUACCAUGACGGUGUUACGUGAUAUAUUUGAAGGUGACAGAGGAAUUAAGAAGAGCGGACAUGAAUGCCAGCACUGUGGCAAGCUGUACAAGACGACUAGCACUUUGCACGCCCACUCGAUGCUCAAACACCCCUCCAAUGACAUCGUAGUGCGAUGUAUAUCGUGCGACAAAACAUACCCCUCGAUUAUUAGUCUACAAAAGCAUAUGCGUUACAAGCAUCGUUACGUGCAUCGCUGCCACGCUUGUUACAGAAACUUCGCAACGGCCGAAUUGCUGACCCAACAUAGCGAAUCCUGUAGCCAGGCCGAAGCACCUUGUUCUGAGUGUGGGAAGAUGUUCAUCUCCGCAUUGGCUCUUCGCAAUCACUUCAAAUACAAACACCCACAGGAAAGGAUCAAUUGGUGCGAUAUUUGCCGCCGCUCGUUCACGUCUAGCCGCGGCCUGGCUAAUCACAUAGCGACUAUACACCCGCAAAACAUUGCUUGCAACCAGUGCGAAAAAAAAUUCAAUUCUAUGACGGCAUUGCAGAGCCAUCUGCUAUACGUACACGACGACGGAGCACGGUGUAAACAGUGUUAUAAAGUAUUUGUUUCUGGUGUCAACCUAUCGCGUCACAUUGCAAAGAAGCAUGCGGGUAUACUUGAAGUCUACAAAUAUUCUUGCGGAGUCUGCCAAAAGAAUUUUCGUAAUUCGAACAACUUGAUGGUCCACGUUACGAACAAGCACACUGUAGGAAACUGUAUUAGAAAAUAAUUUGCUAGAUAUAUUUUUAUAAUAAAAGAUCGGAUUGUGAUUUGUGUUUAAAUAAA